UGGGGAAAGCUGAAGUAUGGACGAUGGCGGGGAGGAAGAAAUGCAGUGAUUAUGGCUGCGAGUUCACAGUCAGGGCGUGAGUGUCAGAGGAGCAGCAUCAGGACCCCCCAAGCCGGCGAGCGAGUGAGUGUGUGUGGAAUUUCCUACAAAGUGGACAAUCAACUAAUGGGUAGCUCAGAAAUUUUCACUGGCGACGGAGGCGAAACCAUGCACGCGCCCUCUGACAUCCCGGGGUUCUUCAAAGGACGAUGCAUCUUCAUCACAGGAGGCACCGGAUUCAUGGGUAAGGUGCUGGUGGAAAAGUUGCUGCGGUCCUGCCCAGAAAUCGCCACCAUCUACCUGCUGAUGAGACCCAAGAGGGGCAACGACGUCAGGACCAGACAUGAAGAACUCAUCCGGAGUCAGAUAUUCGACAGGCUUCGUAAUGAACAUCCAGGAUUCGCAUCGCAGUUGGUUGCAGUCAGAGGCGACAUAACGUUAGAAAACCUCGGCGUGACACCCGAGGAUAAAUCCCUGAUCGAGAAGAAUGUUUCGGUGGUAUUCCACUGUGCAGCUAAUGUGAGGUUUGACCAGAAGCUGAACAAUGCUGUCAGAUACAACACGUUGGGCACAAAAAGAGUUCUGGAACUCGCGAAGCACAUAGACAAGCUGGACGCAUUCGUGCAUGUUUCAACCGCCUACUGUCAAUGCGAUAAACCCGUUCUGGAGGAAAUAACGUACCCAUCUCAAACCGGUCCCGACAACAUUCUUCAGCUGGUAGAGUGGAUGGACGACGAAGUACUUGAUUUAAUCACACCGAAACUUCUGGGCAAUCUUCCCAACACAUACGCUUAUUCCAAGAACCUGACUGAGCAACUCGUCACCAACUACGGCUCCAAGUUCCCUACAGCCAUCGCCAGGCCGUCAAUAGUGACGGGGACCUGGAAGGACCCAAUUCCAGGAUGGGUGGAAAACCUGAACGGACCGACGGGACUCCUCGUGGGGGCCGGCAAGGGGGUAAUACGCUCCAUGCACUGCCGCGCCGAGUACGACGCUGACAUACUGCCGUGCGACAUGGCUAUCAACGCCCUCAUCAUCCUCGCCUGGAAGGUGGCAAGCCUUAGACCAAAACAGCCGCUGGUCUGCAACCUCACAGUGUCCGGAGAGAAUCCCAUCACAUGGGGACACGUUCUGGACGUUGGGCGGAAGCACCUGUACGAGAACCCACUGAGCGACGCCAUUUGGUUUCCUGACGGAAGUAUCAAGAGUUCGUGGCUCUUGCACACCCUCUGCGUCAUUUUCUUUCACUUCCUACCUGCGUAUUUAAUAGAUUUCGUCGUCACUCUCUUUGGAAAGAAACCGUUCAUGGUGAAGAUCCAGCGUCGUAUCCAGGGGGGUCUCGAUGUGCUACAGUACUACACCACCAAGGAGUGGGUGUUCAGGAAUGACGUCUACAAGUCUCUGUCUGAAAGUAUGACGGAAAGAGACAGGGAAACAUUUUACACGGAUGUCAAGAUGGUGAACUGGGAUGGCUACAUCAAGCAAUUUGUGCUGGGGACCAGACAUUACUGCCUCAAGGAAGACCCUGCCACGCUGCCUGAGGCAAGGAGGCGUAUCAAAUGGUUGUACUGGAUGGAUCGAACUGUUGGUGCCAUUUUCUAUAUGCUGAUUUUAUGGAUGUUGCUAUCUUGGUCUGAUCAUAUCAUCGCAUGGGGUCGUCUUACGAUACGGUCCGUGCCUCAGAUGUUCAGCAUGAUACCUAUCCUCCGUACCCUUUCAGGGACGGUGGGGCCAGAUGCUGGAACGCUACACUGAGUGGUGUCUUUGUGGCCGGCUUGCAUCACAACAGAAUCAACAAGAUGCCACCAUACUGCAGCAAGUUAACAAAUACUAACAAAUGUGCUUCAAUUCUUGUAUUAAACUCUGGGCAUGUUGCAGUCUUGCAUUCACUGAUUCUAAAUCUAUGGGAAAAAUGCUGGACAGACACCCGAAGUGGAAUUGCCUAAGAGAAUAAACUAUUUUAUUUCAAUGCUAUGGCAAUCGUAUGUGCAUGGCGUAUUGAAUAUGUAAGCCUACUUAGUUUGUCGACACUGACUGGCUAUUAAUAUGAACAUUUCCUCAGAAUUUGCAAUUACAGUACAGCACAGUGCCUGGAACACACAAAUACCAAGUCACAUCUGUGUGUGUCUUUUAAAAUUGGUAACUGCCAUUUUGUGAUUACGACUGGAGAAAUUAGAGCCCUAAAUGCGCGAGGUAUUCGUCAUACUUUGACAACUGAGGUAAAUAUCAUAUUUAUAUCUCUCAAAAAUUAAAAUUGUUUCAGUUUAUGUACAUGAAUCACGAGGAAAUAGAUAUCAGAGUUAUUAAAAUGCGACUAACCAUCUGUUGAAAAGCUAGAAAAAUGAUUUCGGUUAAUGUUUACAUUUCGUUCAGGCAGAAAAUUUCUUCACCUCAGGAUUUGCAGGUUCUGCGAGUAGUAUGAAACACAAAUAUUCAUAACUUAAUAUCAAUAUAGAAAUAAGGCACCGAAAGUAAGAUUAUUCUUACAGAUAUGUCAUUUUCAUCAUGAAAAGUGUAAAUUUAAUGGUACUAUUUAAUUCUACCAACAGUUGUAAAAUCUUGUUUGUUGAGUAGAGAUACAGGUUGCGGAGAACAAAAUAAACAGAUAAAACUCAA